AUGGAUAAAGAUAUUUUAAUUUCUCUUGUUUACAACUUCCUUGUUGAGGAGAAUUUAAUUACCACUGCUAAAGCACUUUUAAAAGAAACUGGAAAAAUUAAGAGCACUGAUCACAACCUAGUUUCUUUGCUUAAAACUUUACCAGAGCUUAAUUCUAAGAAAAAAAUUGGCACUUCUUCAGGUAAUGUAGGCGAAAGUAGUUCCUCUAGUAGUGAAACUGAAAAUGACGAAGGGGAUAGCAUGAGCUCGGCUAAUGAAAAUUUAUCCAAAAAAAAUUUAAUAGCGCCUCAGAGUAAGCAGUCUUCGUCUAACGUUAAAAAGAAUGUCCCCGAGGAGUCUUCGUCUUCAGAAUCUGAAUCCAGCUCUGCCUCUGAUAAAGAACUAAAUGUUAAUAAUUCUAGCUCUAAAUCUUCCACUGACUCUGAAUCCUCUGAGUCCGAGUCUGAAGAGGAAUUUAAACCUGUCACUAAAAAAUUAAAGAAUAAAGAAGAAGUUAACAAAGUUAGUCAGCCCCGGAAGGAGCUUAAAGUUGUUAAACAGAAGGAAUCCUCUUCCGAAGAAGAUACCAACUCUGAUGCCUCCACUACUUCCGAUUCUGAUAGCAGUUCUGAAUCUGAAGUUGAACCAACCCCAAAAAAAAUUGAAAAAAAAUCUUCAUCUACCGCUGGUAAACGUAAAGCGAACCCCACAAUGGACAAUUCUUCCUCAGACUCUGAAGAUACUUCUAGUGACGAUGAUAGUAGCUCAGCCUCUGAAAGUGAAAGUAUUUCAGGUAAAAAUAAAGUUACAGAACCGCAAGGGAAACAGUUUAAAAAGAGCGAUUCUUCAUCCUCUGAUUCCGACUCUUCUGCUUCUGAAGUUACAGAACAAAAGUCUUUGAAGACAAAAUCUGGAAAGCCAAAUGCUUCAAUAAUCAAAAAGAAUCACUCUUCUUCUUCUUCUUCUUCGGCCUCUGAUUCUUCUAGCUCAAAUUCUUCUGAUACUUCUGAUUCUAGUGACACUGAUAAGGAAACUGAUAAAGAAAAUAAAAAAAAGUUUAGCAACUUGACGCAAACUUCACAGAAUCAGGCUAAAAAGCGAAAAAUUAAAACCACCAGCGACAAUGGUACAAGCGAUAGUAAACUUUCAAAAACGGACUUAGGAGCUAAAGUUAAUGCCAAAAAAAAAGCGCCCAAAGAAGCUAAGUCGACUUUUACGCACUCGACUCCCCAGGAAACUAAAAAGAUUCCUGCAGCAAAGCCUUUAACAGCACCCAUGAAAAAUAGAAAAUCCACCACUAAAGUUAGAGCCAACGGAAAGAACAACGCACGCUUCCAAUAUAUCGAUGAGUCUGCCGUUUCAUUUGAGGACGAGCGACUGCAAAAUAAUAGCUUUGAAGCUACAAUGGGGACAAACACGUGGUCAUCGAGGGCUAAUGCCGACUUAAGUAGUACGCGCGGAAAGGAUUUUACUAAGGCUAAGAAUAGGAAGAAAAAGGGCUCCUACAGAGGCGGAUACCUGGACAUCCACUCCGUUAAUUCUAUUAAGUUUGACGAAGAGUAG